AAACCCAAACCACGAGAUCACCACCCUCACACCCAAGACCACCAGGGUUCUUCUUCUGCCUCUGCAGCCUCCCACUUUCGUCGCUGGGGCCCCGGCCCGAUGGCGGAGGGCCACAGGAGCACGCUGGCGGACGAGCAGUUCGGCCAGGGGCUGCCGGAGCACAGCGAGGCGGCCCUGCGGGAGGAGGCGGCGGCCGGCGACUUCCGCCUGGCGCCGCACCCCACCAUAACGCGCAUUGGCAAGCCGCUGCUGCUCAUCGUCAUGGACGGGCUGGGAGAGAGCAAGUUCCAUGACGAGUUCAACGCUGUGGAGCAGGCCAACACGCCCACGCUGGAUGCGCUGAAGGAGCUGGCGCCGCGUCGCUGGCGCAUGCUCAAGGCGCAUGGGACGGCGGUGGGCCUGCCCACAGACGCAGACAUGGGCAAUAGCGAGGUGGGGCACAAUGCGCUGGGGGCGGGGCAGAUUGUGGAUCAGGGUGCCAAGUGUGUGGACGGUGCGCUGGCCACAGGCAGCCUGUUCAAGCUGGAUGGCUGGAAGUGGAUCGAGGCCAACGCCGUGGCCGGCACGCUGCACCUCAUCGGCCUGCUGUCAGAUGGCGGUGUGCACUCCAGGUACGACCAGCUGACGCUGCUGAUGGAAGGAGCCAUCCAGCAGGGCGUGAAGCGCAUCCGCCUGCACGUACUGUCAGACGGCCGAGACGUGAACGACAACACCGCCGUGGCGUGGGUGGAGCGCCUGCAGGGCGACGUGGCGGCGCUGAGCCAGCGCCUGGACGUCGACGUGCGCAUCGCCUCUGGCGGCGGCCGCAUGGCUGUCACCAUGGACCGCUACGAGUCAGACUGGCGGGUGGUGCAGCGCGGCUACUAUGCGCACGUGCUGGGGGAGGCGCCGCACCGCUUCAAGGACCCUGUGCAGGGUGUGCGGGAGCUGAAGAAGGGCAACACCGUGUCGGACCAGUACAUCGAGGCCUGGGUCGUGGUGGGCGAGGACGGCGAGUCGGUGGGGCGCGUGGCUGAUGGCGAUGCCGUCGUGACCUUCAACUUCCGAGCCGACCGCAUGGUGGAGAUCAGCCAGGCACUCGAGUACCCCAAGUUUGACAAGUUUGACCGCAAGCGCUGGCCAGACUUUCGGUUUGCGGGGAUCAUGCAGUACGAUGGCGACCUGCUGCUGCCCAAGCACUUCCUGGUGCCGCCGCCGCUGAUCGAGCGCGCCAGCGAGCAGUAUGUGGUGGGCACCGGGCUGCGCGUGUUUGCCUGCAGCGAGAGCCAGAAGAUAGGCCACGUGACCUUCUUCUGGAAUGGCAACCGCAGCGGGUACCUGGACCCCAAGCUGGAGAAGUUCGAGGAGAUCCCCAGCGACCAGGGCAUCUCAUUUGACAAGGCGCCCGCCAUGAAGGCGCGAGAGAUUGCGGCCGCCACCAAGCAGGCCCUGCUGAGCGGAAAGUAUGACUUUGUGCGCUGCAAUUUUGCAAACCCAGACAUGGUGGGACAUACCGGCAACCUCAAGGCGGCCAUUGAGGCGGUGACAGUUACGGACGAGUGUGUCAAGGUGCUGCUGGAUGCUGUGGACCAGGCGGGCGGGCGCUUCCUGGUCACUGCCGACCACGGCAAUGCAGAGGAGAUGUCGCAGAGGGACAAGGCGGGCAACCCGGUGAUAAAGGACGGCAAGCCGGUGGAGCUGACCAGCCACACCCUGAACCCGGUGCUCUGCGCCAUCGGCGGCCCCGGCCUGCCCGGAAGAGGCUGCUGCUGGCAGGACGACCUGCCCAAUGCCGGGCUAGCAAACGUCACGGCCACCUUCCUCAACCUGCUGGGCUUUGAGGCGCCCGACUUUUACAAGCCCACCCUGAUCACCACUGACGGCGAGUGA